AUGGACGAGUCGAACCCAGUUGUCUACCGCACGGUCGGCACACGGGACAAGACCGUAGGCUGGUACGACAAAGACUUCCCCGGUAUCGAGCCCGAGGCCCGCGAGCUGCUCGAGAAGUAUUCUCAUGUUCCGCCCGACGAGGUCGACAAAUAUGUUGUCGGCAUGCGCGAUAAAGCCUGGGAGGUGCACCCCUACCCAUGCAUAGGGCAGUACCGCUUCCUCAGCCUGAGCCUGCGCAAGAAGCCCUCGUACCCGCGGGUGCUGGACGGCCUCAAGGCCGGGGCGCGGUACCUGGACAUCGGGUGCUGCGUGGGCCAGGACAUCCGCAAGCUGGUGCACGACGGCGCGCCGAGCGGGAACCUGUACGGCGCGGAACUGGAGGAGGGCUUUGUGGAGCUCGGCUACGACCUCUUCCGGGAUAAGGACACCCUCCAGGCGACGCUGAUGCGGGCGGAUGUUUUCAACCUGGGCGGGGACAGCCCCCUGGGGAAGCUGGUGGGCACGGUGGAUUUCAUCCACAUCGGCAUGGUGCUGCACCUCUUCAACUGGGAGAAGCAGCGGGAGCUGCUGGAGAACUUGGUCAAGCUGCUCAAGGCUGAGCCGCCCGGGUCGAUGAUCCUGGGGCAGACCUUGGGAGACCUGAAAGGGCAGUUGAGGCCCGGGGGCAAGAUGUUCGUUCAUGACGAGGACACUUUCAAGAAGAUGUGGACCGAGAUAUCUGAGCGGACGGGGUUGAAAUUCGAGUGCAGGCCAUUUCUGGAUGCGGGCCUGGGGAUCUCGGAGGCGAGGCGGAAAUGGGAUUGUUCGACCACAAGGCGGCUUGCAUUUGAAGUUGAGAGAGUUGGUUAA